CUCCAAAACCCCUUAUAUUUAAAAAUAUUCCUAUUUUGAAAAUGUAUUCCUAGUAAAUGUUGUAGUACUCAAAAAAUUAUGCCAAAUAAAAGAAAACUUUGCGACGUUCGGAUUGCAGAGCACAAAGUUAUGAUCCUCCAAAGUUUGGCAAAAUCGAAAAAUUGCUCGUUUAGGGGUAACAAAUGACGUUUUCUCGGGGCGAAGGCACGAGAAUUUUUUUAUAUAUAGGGAAUUUCUGCCAAAAGAGCAAUAUUUUUCCAUACGAGAAAUUUUUGGAUGACUAUCUUCCGAGAAAACGUCAUUUGCUACCCAUAAACGAGCAAAUUUCCGAAUUUGUCAAACUUUGGAGUAUCAUAACUUUGUGCUCCGCAAUCCGAACGUCGCAAUAUUUUUUUAUUUUGCAUAAUUUUUUGAGUACUAUAACAUUUACUAGGAAUAAAUUUUCAAAAUAGGAAUAUUUUGUAAUAUAAGGGGUUUUGGGAGUAACUUUAACUUUAAAUUGUUUUACUUUUAUGUGUCCUUCCUACGACGGAGGCACUCAUUGAUAAGGGGGUUCAGGUUCUACCUAGGUGUCCGGUUUGUUGGGAUGCGUCAGAGACUUUGGAACACCUAUUCUUCUAUUGUCCGGUGGCGAGGGCUAUGUGGGAUUAUUCGGGGUUGGAAGCUCUGGGUGAGGGGUUGCCCAGACACACUUUCCCUCUCUGGUUGAAGCGGCUGAAGUCUGUACUGAGAGAGCCUUCCUCCCUCAUGGCAGUGGUUGCAGUGCUCUGGCGGAUAUGGCGGUCUCGUAAUUGGGUCGUCUUUGAGGGGAAGCAGUUUGACUUCCAAGCGUUGAUGCGCUAGUAUAACCAGCAGUAUGAGGAAUGGGUUAGGUUACCACGGGAUCAGGGAGAUUCUGCUGGUGGUAUUGCCCAGCAUCCAAUGGCCCUGGGGGAGGCGGAUAGGCUUGUGUGUAUGUGGGAUGGAGCCACUAGAAGGGGGUCUCCUUCGGGGGGGGGGGGGGGGGGGGGGGGGGGGGGGAUGGUUAUUAUGACCCCAUCCAGGGAAAUCCUGGUGGCUGUGGGUUUUCAAUUCCCUGGUAUUGAGGAUCCAAUGGUUGUGGAGAUGAUGGCCCUUCGUGAAGCUGUGGUGUGGUGUCUAAAUCGGGGAAUCACAAAGGUAUGUUUUGAAGGGGAUGCUAAGGUUAUUAUUGACAAAAUCAAUCAGGCAGACACCAGGGAUAAUAGGGUGGGGGCGAUUCUAGCUGAAGUUGUUCAUCAGUUUGCUAGUCAGCCAAGGUUUAGUGUGCGAUUUGUACGUCGGCGUAGUAAUAGGGUAGCCCAUUUGGUGGCUAGAAAAGCCCUCUCUUUGUACCAGGCCAUGAGUCGUUCUGUUGAUUUCAGUGCCUGGCUUUUGUCCAGAAUGUAACUAUCUAUUUUUCUGAUCAAUGAAGAUUAUCUUUUGUCAAAAAAAAAAAAGAAUUUAUCAUUUGUUUAUUAUGGUAACGUGUGGUAUAUGAUAUGUUAUUUAAAUGCUACAGUCUUUUAAUAACUGGAAUUAUUUAAUUUUUUAUUGCCACAUUGGGUCACUGAGAUUACUAAAUUGUGUCAUGUUUAGUCACUAGAAAAAUUUAAUAUCAAUUUUGGUCACUCGAAUUACUGAAACAAGUCGCAUUUAGUCACUCUCCCAUUAUCCUCCGUCCAACUUCGAUCACUCAAAUUACUGAAACAUGUCACAUUUAGUCACUCGAAUUACUCAAACAUGUCAUAUUUAGUCACUUUCUCAUUAAUUUCCGUCCAACUCCAUUAAUGAAGUUUGAUGGAAACUCACGAGAGAGUGACCAAAUGUGACCUGUUUCAGUAAUUCGAGUGACCAAAAUUGAUAUUAAAUUUUUUCUAAUGACUAAAACAUGACACAAUUUAGUAAUCUCAAUGACCAAAUAUGGUAUUUACCUUUUUUUACAUGAUUUAUUUUGACUUCGGGUGGUGAUCACUCUAUUUGUUGGACACAUGAUAUUGCGGAAGCAAAUUAAGAGAAUAUUCCAUGGCGUGGGAUAUUAUCUAUCUAUCUAUCUAUCUAUCUAUCUAUCUAUCCUAUAUAUUAUGGCAAUUCAAAAGUAACUUCUUGCCACAUAAGCACUUGGAGAUGUAACAAGUUGCCUAGGUGGACAUUUUUUUACUAACAAAAAAAAUUAUUAUUGAUCUAUUUAUGAAGCUAUCUCUCUCUUCAUUUAGUAUUUAUGCUCACUUUUACUCAACAUUAAUAAUAAGUGACAUUGAGAAUGUAAAUAAAAACAUGUAAAAAAUAAUAAUAUUUUUGUCAAUUAAACAAAAUAUAAAGAUGGAAACAAAAAAUGACAUAUAUCGGGUUUGUUUAAACAAAAAAUAUAUGAUUAAAUGUUAUCAAGUAAAUUAUCUACUCAUUUUAACCAAAACUUAAUAAUAAGUUACAUUUUAAUGAAAAAUUUAAAGAAGUACACACAUAAAUAAUAAUAUCUUUGUCUAUUAAAUAAAAUAUAACGACACAAAGAGACAAAUCAAGCGUUUGACAAUCAAUCGACUUUGAAAAAUGAAAUAUAUAAAUUUAUAUAUUAAAUCUUCCCUGCAGUAUGCUCUUUCAUGAGUGAGAUGCUACUAGCUAUAUGAUUAUGAUUUGGUCAGUAAGUAAAACGUAGCAGAGGGUUAUAAGUAGAAGGGAACACAUGUGAGGUUUUAUAAAGGUGCGAAGAAGAAAGAAAAUGGUGGUGGUAGUCUCUAAAUUGUCUAUGUCGACGUUCUUUCAAUUUUUACGCGUUUGCAAUGACAGUAUUUGUUUCAUUAGCGUGAAUUUUUGCCUCAUUAAAUCACUAACUAAAACUUGAUUUUGGCCCGAUCAUUUUUUUAGAACAACUAUUUUGAUUGAUGCAUCAAUCGUGUUCAUGAAUGAAGAUUUUAAAAGAUACAAUGAGCUGAGUUUUAUUGAAGUAUGCAGCUUUUACAAUUCGUCUAUGUUGUUAUUAGGUAAAAAAAUACACCAUUGUUUUUUAAAGGGGGCAUGUAGCUCUCUACGAAUAUAAAAUGUGUUUAUGUGCAGUUUAGUUUGCUGAAAAUAUCGUUUUAAUAAAUUAGUGACAAUUGAUAGUUCUAUUUUUGGUUGAUUUUGCUAGAACAUUUUAAAGAUAAAUUAAAAGAAUAAGCAGAAGAUGGAUGAUGUGGAUGCUACUGUGUUUUCUCAUUCUUCCAAAAUUGCACAAAUAACUGAUAGUGCACGAUGUUCGUAGGAUCCCGAGCACGAUAGUAUGUAUUAUCAUAUACCAACAUACGAGAAGGAAGAAGAAAUGAAAAGCUCUUUGAUUA